UCGUCGGAGUAGAUAUGACCGACCUCGAGACAGCCUUGAUGAUGCUCCGUGAACAAAAACUCUCCAAGGAGAGUGAUGUCGGUAGCAGGCUCGGCUUGCUGAAACUCGAUGAUCCGGAUGAGAGUUCGGGUAGGUUAAGUCAUUUGUUGCCCCAGUAG